AUGGACCGCCAAGUCUCCAACAACAAGCGGCAGCGGGAGGCCGCAAUGGGAGACUGGCCCAAGAUGCCGGGACAAUUUCCAGGAGCUCGAUCUGUCCCUCCUCUGGUACAAACGAGCAGGGUCCAGUGGCCUGACGUCCGAUUGGCAGAGAACAUAUCGAAGGCUCCGGCAUCUCCUACUGCCAAUCCCGAAGUGGAGGAGUUUCGCAAAUGGCGCAGCGGAAUUGAUAAAUCCCUGGGCGAUAUCCAUCUCAAGCUCGACCACCUGCUUUCUGAGACCCAGGAAUUCCGCGCGAUGGAGGCGCACUACAAGAACCUCCAGGAGAACACGCCGAUGGGCACUAAUCUUUCCAAUUCCUGCCACCGACUUGAUCUUCAUCAGCAAACCAUUGUCGAGACUGUGCAGAAAUUGGAGACCACAAUGAAGCAAGUUGACGACCUCACGCACGAAGUCACUCACUUGAAGGAUGGCUCUGAGUUCACUGUGUCGUUUAGAUCGUCGGGUCGCAAGUGA